AUGGCCCUUUUGGAUGAAGAUCCAAGAAAACCAUUAACAAGUGACCAAAAAAUGAAAAAGAAGGGUGUGGUGGUGGGAGGAGCUUUACCUUGUAAUUCAAGGCUUCUACAUAUUUCUAUGAUUAUAUCAGCAACAGAUUAUAAACCUUGGAAAAUCCUUCAAAUUUUGAGCUGUGAACUUCAAGAACAGAAGUUUUGUAAGCUAGUUAAUGAGUGA